UACAGUAAAUAGCUAGUAGUCAUCGGGGGUGCAACGGCUUGUGGCUCAAGUGCGCGGCUUCAAUAGGUAGAACAAAUUCCCAAAUCGUGUUGUCUGUUUUCGGUUGUAAAUUAUAUUUGCAAAAUCAAACGAGAGAUACAGCUCGUAGUGUUUGAUAAAUUACAUUGAUUGAUCCGGUAGUAAAGACGACGCGCCGAUUUUUUCGAAUCGAGAUGAUAUCACGGAAAGAUUAGUGACGAACGUCAACUAUAAUAAAAGCACUCAAAACUGCUCUCUGGCAAGGUACUCGAAAAGAGUUUGGUUCAGUUUAUUUCUAUAGCGACAUCGUGGCAGUUGUAUUAUUUAUUUGUAUCGAGUCAUUCAACUAGUCGUAAACGGUUGUGAACCAUGGGCUGUGCUUCAUCUAAAUCAGAAUCCCCCAAAGCUUCCAACGGGGACAUUACUGCCAAAGUUACCGGAGGCGCCUCGCCGGAUGGUGGCUACGUUGAGGACUUCAUUUGCAACGAGAAUGACAUCGGCGAAAAUGAGAUGAAGGCCUUCGAGGUGGACGGAGGCAAGGUGCUACUGGUCAAACAAAAAGGCAAGUUGUCGGCAAUCGGAAACAAAUGUUCCCACUAUGGAGCGCUGCUAUCGACGGGAGCGCUGGGCGAGGGCAGAGUGCGCUGUCCUUGGCACGGAGCAUGCUUCAACAUCGAAACGGGUGAUAUCGAGGACUUUCCGGGUCAGGAUUCCCUGCCGUGCUUCAAGGUCACCGUGGAACAAGGCCGGGUAAAAAUUCGUGCCAAACGUUCGGAGCUUCAAUCGGGAAAACGUACUAAGGCGAUGGUCAAAAAGGAAAAGGAAGAUGAGCGGACCUUUGUGGUGAUUGGUGGAGGACCUUCGGGAGCAAUCUGUGCGGAAGCUUUGCGCCAAGAAGGCUUCACAGGUCGAGUCAUCAUGAUUAACAAAGAGCCCUGCCUACCGUACGAUCGCAUCCUGGUGAGCAAAACUAUGGACUUUGACCUGGAGAAAAAGCUGCUGCGAGAUGAAAAGUUUUACGCCGAGCAUGAAAUCGAGACUAUGAUAGGGACGGAGGUUACCUCGUUAAAUAGCGCCAACCGGGAGUUGACGCUUAGCAAUGGUUACAAAAUCAAGUACGACAAGGUCUAUAUUGCAACGGGAUCAAAGGCAAGGAAAGCUCCAAUUGAAGGUGCUGAUAUGCCCAAUGUUUGCGUUCUGCGAUCGAACGAACACUCCAAGCAUGUGAAUGGCCAGCUAAGUCCGGACAAACAUGUGGUAGUUUUGGGAGUUAGCUUCAUUGGACUCGAAGCCGCGGCAUAUUGCGUGAACAAGGUGGCUAAAGUAACGGUUAUUGGUCGAGGUGCUGUUCCUCUAGUUGAAUCCUUUGGCGAACAAGUGGGCUCCAAGGUAAUGCAAUGGUUCAAGGAAAAGGGUGUCCACUUCAUAAUGAACUCAGGCAUCAAGCGUUGCAUCGGGGACGACGAUCGUAAGCUGACCUCGGUUGAAUUGAACGAUGGAACAAUUCUGAAAGCAGAUCUUUGCAUCAUGGGAAUAGGAUCUACCUUGUUUACCACUUUCUUGGAAGGUUCUGGUGUUAAGGUUAACAAGGAUGGAUCUGUCGACACGAAUCGCUUCCUUGAAACGAAUGUUCCAGGGAUCUACGCCGGAGGAGACAUUGCUCAUGCGCCAGUGUUUUGCAAUAACAAUGAACCUGCUACAAUUGGCCACUAUCCUUUGGCACAGUAUCAUGGAAAGGUGGCUGCUCUGAAUAUGGUCGGAAAAGCCACUGAACUGAAAUCAGUUCCAUACUUUUGGACCAUGCUGUUUGGAAAGGGCUUCCGAUAUGCCGGAUAUGGAAGACCUCACGAGACAAUCAUAGAGGGUGAUCUUGAACAAUUGAAAUUCGUUGCCUUCUAUUUGGACGCUAACGGAAAAGUUAUCGGAAUGGCAUCUUGCGGACGGGAUCCAGUGGUGUCACAGUUUGCUGAGUAUCUUUCGCAGGGAAAAACACUCCACAAGGAUCAGCUCAGUCCGGAUCCAUUCGCUUGGAUCAAGUAAACUACUUUUGUUAUUGAGAUGCAUCGAAAGUACGCUUAGCAGUAUUACCUACUUUUGGACCAUGUUCUUUCGUUCCAUCUCGAAGCGGAUGCGGCCACUGUUACGUUGAAUUUGUAUUUAUUUGCUAUGUACAUACGGAAGCCUAAAUAAAUGUCGUUCACCUGGAACGUUAAACAAGGGAA